AUGGAAGGUAUGAAACUAGAAUGAGAAGUGCAUUUACGAUUUUGUUGAUAUUUUAACAUUUUUAUAAAAUUGAAACUUUGCAUAGAAUCGUGUAUACGAAUUUUAGCAUUUCGUACAUGAAUUUCAUCAUUUGAAAAACGUAUUCUGUUCACCUGAAAUCGGAUCCAUUUGUAUCAUUGUUAUAACAUGAGGAACCAAGAAAGUGACACGUAAGUCGCAAACUAUUGACCUAUUCUACUUCCACGAGUAUGCGAUCGAGCUUAGCGAUCAUGUAUUUCCAAAUUAACGAUCAUACAUUUCACAUCCCCAAAUCUAUCUCUUACAAUCACGAUAUUUGACAGGGAAUAACAUUUACUCAAAGAAUAGCACCGGAGUACACGUAUUUUGGACUUUAAUCACAAUUAUAUCAGUAUUAUCCUUGUGCUACUUCGAUCGAAAUUUCGACUAUCGAGAUAUCUAGAUAUUUUAAUCAGAAUUUUAUCGAGAAAUUAUCGUUGACUAGAGAAGAAACUUAACUGUUUUAAUGAUCGUUGAUCGCGUGAGUAACAAAAUAUUUAGAUAUCAAGGUAGUUCUAACAUGUUCGUAGUCGUGAGUGAAAUUAGAAUGCAACCAUAACGGUGGAUAAUCAUUGUAAAUAGCGCAAAGGUAGUAGCAGUAGGAAACAAUAGUGGGUAGACCUAGCAGUGUUGUGCAUCCUUUUAUUUUUUUUGUUCAUGAUUAUCAUUUUGUAGACAUCCGCAGUUAAAAAUCAUCGUUUUCAUCAUCUAAAGCAAUGGCCAAUGUUUCGUUUCAGCGGCAAUUGUACUCGCGGUUGCCACCGUCUGUCGCGCGGAGUGCCAGAGUGAGUGAUCAAACCAGCUUCACUUCAGUGUUCUUCUUGUCAUCGUUGUCCGUCAGCGUUGUUUCCGCAGGGCUUCUUGUCUCAAGAAUCAAUUUUGUUUUCUUCGCUUUACUACACCUUUUUUUCUUUCUUUCUUUCUUUUCUCCUUGGCAAUUUAGUUGCGUAAGAUUGACAUAUAUUAAUUUGAUGCUGGUCCUUAUUUCUAUUCAGUGCAUCUGAUUUGCAAUUAUAAAGAAAUCUUUUCUUUAUAAACGGUCGAAAACGUAGAUUUCAAGAAAAUUGAUUUCGUUAGACAUGACAGUACUUAAACCGCUUUAAUCUUUUAUCUUCAUCUACAUUUAUCACGAUGUUGAAAAAAAUUGACAAAUGACAGUGGCUUUAUUUUACAGCUCGUUCUAUUUAUUGCUACGAAUGCGACUCGUGGACGGAUCUCAGAUGCAAAGAUCCUUUCAAUUAUACCGCACUUCCGAGGGAUCAACCGCCUCUCAUGACUUGCAAUGGUUGUUGCGUGAAAAUGGUUCGCAACGCAAAGUCACCGUAUGAAAGCGUGAGGCGGACCUGCACUUCGCAGCUACAAAUAAACUUAUUCAUGGUGGACCACGUGUGCAUGAUGGAAAGUACCGGCACUGGUCACAUGUGCUUCUGUGAGGAGGAUAUGUGCAAUCGUGUUUCCCCAACCUCGUGUUCGAAUCCCUCACUCCUACUGAUCCUGUCGACCAUCCUUGUACUUCGCUCGGUCAUCUUAGGGGCCCCAGCUUGCUUUGUAGAACGUUGCAAUGGUCACAUCGUAUAA